CGCCAUUUUGUCCUCCUCUUUCUCCUACACAUGUAAACUUCCUUCCUGUUUGUUUUUUUCUUUCUCCCCCCUUCGAUGGGUACCGAGUACACUUCCCCAGUCCCUACUGGCUACCUAGGAACGGCACCUACAGUAUCUGUACCUCAGGUAUCUUCCCUCGGCCACCGCACUUUCCUCUGCUCCAGUCGCUCCAUCUCUGCUUGAUAUUGCCUUCCAGGUUGUCUGUCUAUUGGGCGCUAGUGUCCAUCUCCAUCCAUGGCCCAUGUCCACCUGCGGAACAUCGUGGCCAGAUAGAUAUAUCCGUACCUCCGCUACGGGCACUCGACGCAUCUAUCCCUGGUACCUAUCCAUACCUAAGUAGGUACGCCCUGCCGUCCUUCUUAUACUUUGCACCUACGCCAGUAAAGCAACGCAAAGCAGCAAAGCACGUCUCGUGCCAUCCAUCGUCUGGCAUGGGCAAUGCUGCUUUUACCGCUCACUCGAAACUCUCUGUUGAACCUCGUCUCGACCCUUUCAUAUCUGCCAGAACACUCACUUGGCACCGUACUUCUCCCUCCAUCACAAUUCCCACCGCGCCUAAAUUACCUGCUCAUUGCCGACUAGAGUCCUGGCUACUGCUGCUGCCCCAUGUGGUUCGUUAUGUGGUCCUCGCCUGACGACCCCGGCCACCAGGAGCUGCACACAUAUCAACACCCUCCACUUACGCACCACACGACCAUCACACAACCACCGCAAAGCACCGCAAAAGACCACCCGGAAGUCGCCAGCGGAUGCGCUCGUGGGUACCCAAAGGCGGGCCGUUGUGCGCUCCCGCCACCUCUUCUGCAGACAUGCUCCCCUCUACACCUGGUCUCCGAGAGGGCCAAGCAGUCGGUGACCCAAUCACCAGCUCACCGCUCUCGUUGUCGACUCGUCGAUCGUAUCCGCCCGCCAUCACCUUUCUCGUCGAGCUCCUUGGGCACCCAGAUAAACCCAACAUUCGCAGUCAUCCAUCCAUCUUCCCAGCAUCUAUCAAGCCAGUCAACCCUGCGCCGCGCUAUCUGUACACUACAAAAACACUGGACAACCAGCUCUCUUCCCGUUCGUCCAUCAAGCUUCAAGACCGACCUCGAGUCUCCGCUCCUCAAGAAACAAAAAGGCCAAGGCCGUUUUUGGUGGAGAAGCCGCAGGGUCGUCUAGCACCUUAA